CCCUUCGGGCCGCCGGAGCUCCGCUAUGAGUAUGAUACUUUGCCUUUCGGGCCGCCGGAGCUCUGUUGAUACGUAUAAGCCACAUGGCAUGGGCGUUUUCCCUGCUACAAAUGCAACACAGACGUGAGACUGAAGAACAGAGGCCAGACCAAAGGAAAAUUCCCGCUGGCGAGAUUCGACUGUUGGGCUAGGAUACGCAAUUGUGAUGAAAUGAAAUUUGUCAUACAGUUCGUCCUAAAUAAUGCUCAUUAAAAAUUGUCAUGGUACAUCCAGCAAUUUUUCAUAGCUCCGAGGGAGUCGCCUCACACUUAAAUUGAGUCGUGUAGCGUCACGUAAACCUGACCUACUUUUAGGGAUAAAUAGUGUGAUUUCUCAAACGUGCUAAUUGGCUAUUUCUUUACCCUGUUUAUGUUACAGUCUGGAAAAGCCAUUUUUUUUAACCAAAAGAUCUUUUCCUACAUGUAGUCACGUAGGAAACUGAAAUUUCUCAUCAGCAAUUCGUGAAAAAUAAAAAAUAAAAAAUUCACAGGUUUUGUUUAUCUCAGGUAACGAAAAGAGUGCAGACACCAGAGACUGUCAGGAUUAAGAGUGCCUUAUCCCUAUGCAAGAACCAUGUCUCGUCCUUUUGCUGGCUCUGCUAUUACACAGGGUCCUAAUGUUGGCCGAAUUGACAGGUGGUCAGAGUGGAACCCAACUUCUAUUGAGCCCAGAUGGUUGAUUCUCUCAGGUGCUUCUGAUCCUCCAAGCCGCAUUAAUAUUUCUGAUAGAAGGACCAGGGAUAUUCCGGGAGUGAGAAGAGCAGGCACUUUUCUUUCUGGUGUUGCUCAUGAUUUAGCCAAUAUGGAAGCUGCAGUCGAAAUUAAUUUGUUCAACACUGUUAAAGACCUCUAUCUAACCAAGACAGCAGCCUCUGCUCAUAUCAGGAAACUUUUUGAAACAUGCAAACGUGAAGAGUUAAAACCUUUCUUGUACUACACUGGGCAUGGAGAAAUUGGGACUGGAAACUGGUGCUUUGCUGAUGGGACAAUCAGCGUUCAAGAAAUUCUUAAUAUGCUUCCUGGUGGAACUUACUAUCCAAUGAUCUUCAGCGAUGCUUGCUACAGUGGCCAUUGGGCAAAUUUCUGCCUUGAAGAGAACAUCGCAGGUUUCCACUGUCUGGCAGCAUGUCCGGAGUAUUCUAAAGCUUUUGAUACCAAAGGCAAAGGUGGAGAUUUGACUUUAUUCAUGACCGGAAAGAAAUCACGUCCUGGCACUGAACCUAUAUACAGUGGAGGGAACAGAAAAGACUUUCCGAUUACCACUGGAUAUGACUCAGUUAAGUACGUAGAUUUUAUACGAAGCCAUCUGUUCAAUUCUGAAAAUGUCCUUAUCUGCCAAAAUUUUCAUGACGGAUACUUCAGUGGAUGUUUUGGUCCUUCGAAAAGGUGCAGUCCCAUGCCCAACCUUUCCUGGGGAAUUCGGAAAAACUACGACACCUUCAUUAAAUUUGUAAACGAAAAGUGGGAAUGGAAAAAUGGCAGGUCACUUAACAUAUACUCUCUUGCAUGCGACGAGAAUUUAGGAUUCGGGGUAUUUUUCAUGGAAAAUUAUGGCACUGGUCAGUCGAUUGUAACGAACUUACUUGAUAUAAGGAAGAAAUGGGAAGAUGGUUUUAUGAUCACUGCAUGCGCCGCCCGGGGUUCAACAUUUUAUAUCAUCAUGACCAAAGACCCAAAUGAAUACAAAGGGGAACAGACAUGUUUUACUCGUAUUUCACGCCAAGAGGCUAAGAAUGAAAUACAGAAGAAUUAUAAAGAGGGAAGAGUUAUAACAGGGAUAUGUUACUCCACCGGACUAGGUCAGUAUUUUGUGGUCAUGACAGCAACACCACAAGGCCAGACCUAUGGGUGGUUUAAUAACAGGACUGCCAGAUGUAACUGGGUGCAAGAGAAAUAUAAAGAGGGAUUUCAUCCUACCAUUAUCUUUGAGGAUCCAACUGAUAACAGCAUCUUAAUGGUGAUGACUAAGGAUGAAAAUAGAUCGAGCUACAUAUGUAAAAUUAAUUUUAAAGUGGCGUGACCAAAGGGCACGUCUUGCUAAGGGCGUGUUAGGGAUAACAAAACAUGCUCGUUCGACGUUUUAUUUAUCUUACAAUGUAUAGUCAAAUUAGGUGGGACCUAGCAGGGUUUAAUGCAAUUUUAAAUAACAGAUCUAGUCAGCUCACCCAAUAUGCAAAAUUAAUUAAAAAAGUAGUUAAAAAUGCUAGUCAAAACUAGUUAUUACUACGUGCAGAAAGUCCAUACCAUUCAUUUUAGGUUAGAAUAAUCAAAUACAUGGUUAAAAACUUUUGUUAGUACCGGCCAAGUUAGAAAGAAAAAUCAAACAAAGAAAGCCAAAAGAUCCUAACGAUCAAUUUCGUUUUAAUUUUGUCAUCUUCAGGUUUAAACUUGUUAUUGCACUAUUUUCAGAGUUCUGAACUUUAUUGUAAAACAUUUUCUACAUUUUGUAAACCUAAAAAUAUCCACAGAUGUGAUCCUGUACACAAACAGUCAGAUUUAGUAAUGUUGCACCUUGAUGGGAUUGCAACCACAGCUGUAAAUUAGCAUAACAAAAGAGACAUCAAUAAAAAGGUUGUAACGUUUCACCAAAGAGACUCGAUCGCUUCUCUGUAGUAAGUAAGAAUCACUAAUUACUCGGCAGAGGAAAACUUUCAUAAUCCACCCUUUUUUGUUCAUCUUCGGAAAGGUAUGUUUUCUCAACGAAUUUGUGCCCAAGAUCAUGUAUCGUGCAAGUUUUCGAGGCAGACCAACUAAUACUUAUGGCAAAACGAUCUCUCAUUGUUUUUCACGUAAAACGUUGGUUAAAGACUUCUGAACUAGUAACUUAAAUAACGACCGGACAUGCUCUCUGUUUGAUCCUUCCGUCGGGUUUAAGGCUUUCAGCUAAUUUGUCCUCAAUUAAUCAAACUCUGGAGAUUCCACUCGGUCUAAACCCCGUUAGAUCCAAGCGAAAAGCAAACUUAAAUGGGGUGAAGACAAUUAUGGUUCACCAGUUGAACCGGGUGUUUUUAAGUUCCACUCCCAGCAGGCCAGAGGAACAUCCUGAUCACUUGGUUACCAAGUAACGAAAGGCUCAGCGCGAAUAAUUCUAUUCGCAAUGUUCGACUCGACUCGACUCAAAACAAAAUAGAAUGCGAAGAAAACAGUGAAAAGAAACGGUUGGAUUAUAUAAUGUGCAUUAUUCACCGUUUACUCGCUCUUGCGCUAUUUUGUGAAUUAUUUUUCGAUUAUUUUUCUAUGUACUCCAAGGUGAUGUUGGAGGGGUACUUAACCCUUAUCUGGUUAAGAGGUGCCACCUAGGGUUUGAAAUCCUGACCCUGUUUGGGACAGAGAAAAACUAAACUACCUCCCCGAGUAGCUUAACACCUUUAAUUCUAGGACCCUUAGAGGAUCCUGGCAACCCCAUAAUUGCUAUCAUCUAACGCUGGGCACCAUUUUCCGAUCCUCUCCGAUCUGCUGUUUAAACCACAUUUAACGAUGGAAAUG